UUGUGCGAAUGCUAUUGUUUUUCAAACUUCGUCUGUUUUUCAAGGAGUUUCGUUAGACUAAUUUGUUUGUUAAAGGUGCACCAUGAAAUUAUAAUAGUUUCUUUGGGAUGUCCAUAAAUGAGCGACUAAAAGCAAGACACUCCCCUGAUCCAACACCAGGGGUGUUGUCUCGCAGUAGGUCUCUGAUAGGACUCUUCUCUCAUCGUCGAACAGCAUCAUCAGGUGGAACACCUACUAGUUCUUAUACAGAUGGUAGCAGUAUCAGUGGUGGAGGCAGUAGCAACAGCAGCACCUUAUCCCGUGGUUCGGUAUUAGGGCAGUACUACAGCCCAAAUACAACACGGCGAGUAUUAGAAGGGUCAUCUACAUGGUCAAGCAAGCCACCCAAAGCCCCACGUCCUGAACGAGCAUUAGCUAUGUUUCAGGCAGUGAACAGUGGACUCAGGGAGUGCAUUAAUCUUACUCAAGAUGACAUUGUAAAUCUCAGGACUUCAGUAGAAGGUCUUACAGUUAACACUCAGUUCCAAGGAAAACUUUAUGAAGUGGAAAAGCAAUAUAAAACAGCAGAGAGGUAUUUGAAACGUCUCGAGUUUCAGUUGGCAAAGCUUGAAGAACUUCAAGAUCAAUACAAGAUUCACCAGAAGAUGAGAGAUGGAGUUCGUACAAUGGCCUAUGCAUAUGUCUUGUCUCCAGGAAAGGAGAAAGAAUCUGCACUACACAAUGUUCGUUCAGGAUACAGAGAGUGCACUGACACACUGUGUAACAUAGAGGCUGAGCUGGAAUGCAUGAUGGGAACAAUGUUAUUUAAUAUAAAAGGUAUACAAGGAUUUGCAAGAUUAUGUGCUGGAGAUGUGUUUGAGGUAACCAUGAAAAAUGGUCAUCAAAAGUGGAAAACAAGAGGCAAGAUUUUGAAGGGUGAAAACCAAGCAUGGGACAACAAAAAAGUUAUAUUUAAAGCACAAAUAGGAGAAGUAUUGUAUAUUAAGGCUGUUGAAGUGAAAAGCCUAGGGAAGAAUAUAGUCCUUGGUCAGAAAUAUUGUGACACAAAAGAACUCUUCAGUGCUCACCCUCAACUUAUGACUGUUAAUCUUAACCCUAGCGGUUCACUGAAAUUGAAUGUUGUUGUAACAUGGAACCCCCUCCAUGGUUGUUCAGAAGAUACCAUUUCACGAACUUUACCUCCUCUAUCUAGCACAUUAAGUUCUCCUAUUUCAAGGCAGCAAAGCUCACCCCAGUCUUUCUUAGAUGAAGAUAAUUGCAGAGUCAGAUCUCCAGGUUCAGUUUGGUCUUCCCAGCUUCAAUCACAUAGAAUGGAAAUGUUGCACAAUUUUAGAAGUAAUUGUAGUCGCACUUCUGCUUCAGCUCCAGGUUCCACAGUCACAACUCCUGAUGUUGAGGCAGUGGGACUGCCAUCUGGUGUUCAUGCAUAUUCAGCUCUCUUAAGCAGGCCUGGUGGGUUAAGUAGCAGUCGACUUCGUCGUUCAUCUUCAGUUGCUAUGACAACACACGUACUAACAACUUCAGUCCAUUCUAGUCAAAUCCAGGAAGCAGAUCGACCACAGUUGCAGCUAGUAGAGACAACAACCUCGCAAAGGUGGUCAGGUAUCCAGAGUGGUGAUAGUUCCGAAUGUUGUAGUAUGGACUUUGGCAGUUCAUCAGUUGGAUCUCAUAUGGACAGCAGUAGUUUGUAUGAAAUUGUACAUAGUCUCGGGACAUGUCUAGAGGACAUUCAGGGACAAUAUCCUGAACUACUACAUUUGCAACAGAACUUAAUAGAGAUGGAGAGAGUUUUUCGGAAAGAUGUUGGCAGUGGAAAAGAAUCUUCAGGUUCCAGAGUUAGUAUGUCUGUAGAAAGUGCCCUUGGAUGUUUUGAUUUUCUCAAUUCAGCAUUAGAUAGUGACUCAGAAGUGGUUGAAGAAAGUGUUAUUGUUGAGCAAAAUCCCCAUGUGGACCAAGACAACACUGCUAAAACUUCAGACUUGGAGCUUGAUUCCAUUGCCCAACACCUAGUUGAACACCAGAAAGAACAAGUAAGCCCAAGCCUUGGAAUAAGUCUCCAUCCUCCUUCUACUGGCUCUGAACAGCUGGACCGGUUGAUAUACACUCAUCUUGUAUAUUGUCAGAGGCUAGUUGAGGAUUUGGGCUCAUUUGGACCACUGAAAUGUCGAGAACUGUAUUCAUUAGACAAGCUUAGAAGACAAGCUCCUGUUUUGAAAACAGUAUUAGACUUAAUUUAUCAUUGGAGGGAUCAUGGAAGGCUUACUUCUGGAAAAAUCCUACUGAGUAACUACCCGGAGCUACAGAAUUUUUGGGAUCAUUGUUGUGCAAGACAAGAAAUGUUAUGUUCGAGUGUCGAGCAGGUUUUACCUCUUUUGACCAGUUUCUUAAAUGACAUAUUUCAGAAAAAAACUCGUCAAACCUGCACCAAAGUUACAGUUGCAAGGCAUUUCAUCUGCAAAGUGCUAGAUGUGACCAGAUGCGAACCAGACAAUACAGUGACAAUACUUCAGCUUCAACAGUAUUAUGAGAACCAGAAUUGUUCUCUGAUAAAUCUUUUCAACAGACUUACAGAUGAAGUUACUCAGAUAGAAAUACUUCACUCUGGAGAUGAAACUGCAAUAAAAAAACUUCUUUCAACCUGCAAAAAAUGUAUACCAGCUUCUGGUACUUUACUUGCUAUAGGAUGGUUGCUAACACUGAUCGAUUCUGGAUUACCAAAACUUGCUGAAUCGUAUUUAAAAGAUACAGCUAAGAGUUCCUCAACACGAAAAUUUAUCAUGUCUGUAUUCCUGGAGGGAUUAGAAAGUGAUGAUCCACAGAUACGUCAAGGUUCUUGUUGUGCACUGGGAGCUCUGAAGGCUACUGAACAUAUUGAGUUGCUAGUAUACCUGUCUCACAUGGAUGAAAAUUUGUUAGUACAACAACAAGCAAAAAAGACUCUCUUUACAUUUGGAGAAGAUGGAAAAAGAGCUUAUGAACAAUGUCAGCUUUUCACAGAAGGAUUUCAAGGACUUAAUGUAAAGUGAUAGUUAUUUUUGGUGCUAUGAAUAUUCAGUAAAAUGUUUUUCUCUCUUAAGUCUGACAAAUAUCUGACCUUAUUGAGUGGCUGUCAAGACAUUUCUUUAUGCUUUCUGAAAAAAGCAAACAAAUGCACAUUUUAAAUGUAUGUAUACAAGCUGAAGUAAGACUAGCCUACACGUAGAAUGAGUGUAACCAUUGGAGCCUCAACUUGCUUGCAUGAUGAUUAUGCCAAAGACACCCUUUUAAGCUUGUGUUGUGUUGAAGCCAAAGAAAUAAUGUGAUAUACCUUCAUGACAAUAAGUAAUACCUCUGACAGUCAGCUGUUUCAUACAUUACAACUAAUUAAUAAAUUGGGAUGCAGCUAAAAAGUUGGAUUUGUCCCAAAAACCAAAGAGUUCUCUUUCAUUAUGCAAAAAACAUCCUUAGAAUAAAGAUUUAAUAUUGUAUAAAUAAUAGCCAAGUAUGAGGUUUAUGUCAAAUAGAAAUUCAUGAUGAUCACAUUAAGUAUUCUUAUUAUUUGUAAUGAUCUGAACAAAUAUGACAGAAAUAUGUACCAUUUAUGCAAAUAAGAUCAUUAGAAGUUUUCAGAGAUCUUUAAACUAUUUAAAUAUGAUCUAGAAAUUUCCAUGUAUUUGUUGUGUAUAUAUAUAUAUAUAUAU